AUGAAUAUAAUUAAGGUUGGUCUUAAAUUCAGUUCAAUAAAAUACCCUUCACUUGAUAUUCAUAAUUAUUAAUUGUAUAAGUAUCAUUCUGAUUAUGGAAAUUUGCUAAAAGGAUUAAAGAUAGGCACAUCCUUAUUGCCUAAUCAAUUUGAAAUUGUUCCUUCGAAACUGAAAGGAUUUCUCAUAGAUCAAUUAAAACAGGAUCAAUAAAUUUUGAAAAAGCCAAAAGAGGUGUUAUUUGUUGGAAGAUCAAAUGUGGGCAAGUCAAGUUUGAUUAAUGCAAUAUUAGGAUAAAAUGUGGCUGAAACAUCAAGCAAAACUGUAAGAAAAUACCAUAUAAUAUAUAGGGUAGCACUUUAAGAUUAUAAUUUCACAAUAUUUAAACAAUUAAUGGAUAUGUAGUAGAUAGUCCUGGAUAUGGCUAUUCUUAAAUAAAUGUUGAUGCAUAAAAAUACAUGUAAGGAAUGAUAUACACUUACACAAAACUGGCAUCAAGAUUGUCAAGAAUAUAUGUGCUUAUUGACAUUGAACAUGGUCUAAAAGAUAAAGAUAAAGUCAUGUUAAAUAUGUUAUAAGAGUAAAAUGUGAACAUAUAAAUUGUGCUAACAAAAUGUGAUAAGAUUAAGGAAAGAAUGUUGUUUGAUAGACAACUUUAUCUAGCAAGGGAAAUCAAACAAUUCAAAAAUAUUCAUCCUAUCAUCCAUACUGUUAGCACAAAAGACAAUUUUGGUAUUAACGAUAUUUAAUACUCUCUUAUUGAUUCAUUUUUUAUCCAUCAAAGCAGGCAAUUAUUCAAUAUGGAAGACAAAUUGAUCAAACUUAUAUAAGCUAGAAAUAGACCAUAAAAACUAGAUUUAAACAAAUUAACUAAGCAAUUCAAAAAGGGUUUACAACUACCUACAAACUAGAAUACUUUAGUGCAUACCAAAAAACCUAAACAUUAACUCUCCUGA